UAUUUUAACACAACUUUUUGCCAACACACACUAACCUGCUUUCCAUGAUCCAACUGCAUCUUUUGGCCAAGUAUACUUUCCGUCCAUUUUUCUCUCCUUCCUUCCUUCCUUCCACUACGCUCUCUCCCGCCUCUUCUCUAUAUAUACUUCUUAAACCAACUGCCCUUUUCCCUUCCCUCACAAGAUAUGGGAAUAGUCAUCAUGGAAUGUCACCAAACCAGCUUUAAUAGUGGUCACCACCGUCAUCAAUUCCCAAUCACUGAUCAUAUUUCUAAUCAGGAUGAUGAUCAUGAUCGUGAUAGUGAUCGUGAUCGUGAAAAUCAAUCUGAUCUUCGGUAUCCAAGUUUUCUCUCUUCUCAGCGGAGUCUCCAAUCCAUUCCUUCCCUCGCUUCAAAUUUCAAACCCCAGAAUCACUACCAAUUUUGCCUAAUCUCCGAUUUCAAGCCUCAUUCCACCUACCUUUCUUCCCUCACACUCGCCGGGAAGCUCGUUUUCACCGGCUCUUCCGACCGAGAAAUCGGCUCUUGGAACAUCAUCAAUAACAACCACAACAAUAACAUCGUCUUGGCAGGAAACGGUGCGGUGAAAUCUCUUGUCGUUUCCGGCGACAAGCUCUUCAGCGCACACCAAGACCACAAAAUCCGAGUUUGGAAGAUUGAAAACGACAACGAUGAGAAUAGAGACGACAAGAGCAACCACCAACAACCCCAUGCGAUGAAGUACACGCGCUUAGCCACGCUCCCGACGUUAGGGGACCGGGCGGCGAAGCUCCUCCUGCCGAAAAACCAAGUCAAGAUUCGCCGCCACAAGAGCUGCACGUGGGUUCACCACGUGGACGCGGUGUCAGCCCUGGCCUUAUCACCGGACGACCGGUUCCUCUACUCAGUCUCGUGGGACCGGACACUGAAGCUAUGGCGGACAACCGACUUCAAGUGCCUGGAGUCGAUCACCAACGCCCACGAUGACGCCAUAAACGCCAUCGCACUGUCGCACGACGGCGUCGUUUACACGGGCUCAGCGGACAAGAAGAUCAAGGCGUGGAGGAAGAGAAGCUUGGGGAACAAGAAACACUCUUUGGUUUGUACAUUGGAGAAGCACAAUUCGGGGAUUAACGCCUUGGCGCUGAGCAACGACGGGUCGUUUCUGUACUCGGGUGCGAGCGACAGGUCGAUUAUCGUUUGGGAGAGAAUCUUUAGUGACGACGACGAUGACGACAGUGAAGAUAGGGGUAUUGAUGUUGUCGUUUUGGGGGCCCUCAGAGGGCAUGGGAAGGCCAUACUGUGCUUGGCGGUGGUUGAGGACUUGGUGUUCAGUGGCUCGGCAGAUAAAACGGUUAGGGUUUGGAGAGGUAUGGAGAGAAGCUAUUCUUGUUUGGCGGUUUUGGAAGGUCACACUGGCCCAGUCAAGUGUCUAAGUGCCACUGUUGAAGAUUGUAAUACGACGUCGUCUGGUGGUGAUACAACUUGUGUGAUUUACAGUGGUGGAUUGGACUGUCUGGUUAAAGUCUGGCAAAUCAUGGUUCCCAGUCAAGAUUUUCUCUAAUCUAAAUAGCUUGAAUGUGAGUUUAGUUACACUUUAUUAACCCAUGCUCGAAUUGAAUAGGACUAGUUCUCUAAAAGGGUUUCGUUAUUAUUUUCGGUAUUAAAAUUCUGUAAUAAGCGAUUUGGUGUAGAUAAUAUGAGUUUAUCAUUUUGUUUUA